AUGGCGAGCCGUGAUAUAGAGCUUGAGUCCAUUUCUCAUCCUAUUGCCAGGACUGGGGUUUCUACGACCCCAGAUGAGAGCGGAACUCAGCAAGCUGAUUCGCAGCCCGAGGAUGGCAGACAAGAAUUCUCGCUGCCACCCGUCGAUGGGGGAAAGGAUGCUUGGCUUUUCCUAGCAGCGUGCUUCGCGAUCGAAGCUUUAGUUUGGGGCUUCCCCUUUGCCUUCGGAGUGUUCCAGGACUAUUAUAGCACCCACGAGCCUUUUGCGGGCUCGCCGAAUGUUGUUGUCAUCGGUACUUGUGCAGUGGGUAUCAUGUACCUGACUGCCCCUCUCAUGAUGGGACUCUGUCGUAUAUUCGCUCGCUGGGCCCGGUGGACAUCUAUAGUUGGGUUAUUCACUAUGUGCCUUGCACUUGCGAUGAGCUCCUUUUCGUCGAAGAUCUCACAUCUCAUCGCCACUCAAGGUGUCCUUUAUGCUAUUGGUGGUGGCAUCGCCUACUGUCCUUGUAUCUUGUAUAUAGAUGAGUGGUUUGUACAACGCAAAGGUCUCGCCUACGGUAUCAUGUGGAGUGGUACGGGCCUCGCGGGAGUAGUACUGCCUCUCCUCAUGGAAUUCCUCCUUCGCACUGUCGGGUUCCGAACAACGUUGCGCAUCUGGUCUGGUGUGCUUUUCGCCUUGACGAUUCCGUUAGCGUUCUACAUCAAACCACGACUCCCCUAUUCAGCAACCAGCCAUGUUAAACCCUUCAACUUAAACAUGUUCUUGAUGCCGACUUUUUGGUUAUACCAACUGGCCAAUGUGAUAGAAGCGAUGGGAUUCUUCUUGCCGGGCAUCUAUCUUCCUAAUUAUGCCCGUAGUGCUCUCGGCGCCGCGUCAUAUGGUUCAGUCACCACACUCCUUUUAGUAAACGUUGCUUCCGUCUUUGGCUGUGUUGCCAUGGGCUUUUUCAUCGAUCGAUUUCACGUUACCACAUGCAUAUUAUUAUCGACACUUGGUGCAACCAUCGGCGCCUUGGUUAUAUGGGGUUUGUCAUCGUCUCUCCCGCUUCUAUACUUUUUCUGCGUCGUCUACGGCUUAUUCGCAGGCUCUUAUACGUCUGCUUGGCCGGGGGUUAUGGCGGAUAUUGUUCGAAAAGGAGAAGCAUUAGGUCAAGGCUACAUUGACCCAAGUAUGGUAUUUGGCUGGCUUGCUGCAGGCCGAGGUAUUGGUAACGUGGUCUCGGGACCCCUCAGCGAGAAUCUAAUACAAAGUCUGCCGUGGAAAGGAAACACGGCACCAUUUGGCUAUAGUAGUGGUUACGGCAGCUUGAUAGUGUUUACUGGUGUGACGGCUCUGCUAGGCGAGAAAACUUUAAUUGAACUUUAA